AUGGACUCAAUAACCUUCAGCCACACCCCAGAUGUCUCGAUACAUGCCUGUAUCUCUCAACCUACCGUCAACCACCAUAAACCCCUCCUGGUGUUCCUCCACUACUGGGGUGGCUCGUCCUCGACAUGGUACAAACUCACAGCGCCAGACUCCCCUACCUCCCUCAGCUCAGCAUAUCCCGUCCUCGCAAUCGAUCAUCGUGGAUGGGGAAAGUCAACCGGACCAUCCCAGGACAAUGACACCGCCUACUCGAUCUCCUCCAUGGCAAAAGAUGUGGCUCUGACCCUGCAACAGCUGGCGGCAGACCAACACAGGAAAGCAAUCCUGGCGCACGGAUUCAUCCUCAUCGGCCACUCCAUGGGAGCCAAGGUCGCCAUGGCGAGUCUCUCAACACUGCCACGCGACCUACUCCACCGCCUCAAAGGACUGGUCCUGAUCGCUCCGGCGCCCCCCACGCCUCUGCUCCCGGAUCCGGAAAGGAGAGAACAGCAGAAAACCGCAUACGCAACCGCACAGUCCGUCCGUUGGUCGGUGCAGCAUAUCCUUGCGCAUCCGGAUAAUCUGCAACAAGAAGAUAUCGAUAUGGUGAUUCGCGACAGCUUGCAAGGGAAUCAGCUGGCCAAGACGGCGUGGCCGACGUACAGUAUGGCGGAGGAUGUAUCCGACGCGGUCAAGGGGGCUCUCGAAUCGAUGGAUAAGGAGAAGCUACGAGUUAGCAUCCUGGUAGGAGAGUCUGACGUUGUUGAACCGAAGGAACGGAUAGACAAGGAAGUCCGUCAAUUUUUCGAGAGCAGUGGGAUCCAGGUAUCUCUGAAGACCGUCCCUGGUGUGAAGCAUUUGCUUCCGCUGGAGUGUCCGGAGAUGAUUCAACGGGAGAUCUCCAUCUUCUGA